AUGAAAUCUUCUCAUAGUCUUUGGUGUGAGUUUUGCCAAGACAAGGAAGGAUGGGGACCCAUUUCUUCCAAAUAUGGAGAUUUUACACUUUGUUUUGUAGACGGGUUUCUACGUAAUGGCGCUGCAUUGUUAAUGCUUGUUUUUGGCUGUAAAGAACUGGUAAGAUUGUCUAGUGGACCUCAUCCAGGUGUCAAAUAUCGGAAAAACUGGUUAUUGGUAUCCAGGAUCUCUUUGGUUGCACUUCAACUAGUCUUUGCAGCCAUGGCACUUUUCCACGACAAAAUAGGUAUCGAGAAACAGUGGGCGUCGCAAACGCAACGCAUGUUGAACUUUUUGUCGAUUUUGGUGGCACUCGCGCUGCACUGGGUCGAGUAUUUCCGUUCAAACGUGUCCAACGGGAUUGUGCUGUUUUAUUGGCUGUUUCAAGGCUUGUUUGGGGCCAGCGCACUCGUAAACCUCAAGAUAAGGGAAAAUUACGAAGGCAUAAUACCUGUCUCCGAGUUCUCAAUCAAACUUCUUACCGUGCAAAGCAUCACAAGUUUCCUUAUCUUGGCUUUGGAAUCGUUUUUCACCAAAUCUGUUCAAGGCCGUGGAGAUCUAACUAGUGAUAGUUCAAGGAAGGCGAACCCAUAUGAUGUCGCCAACAUUUUCUCCCGCAUCUCCUUUUCUUGGAUGACAAAAAUGAUGAAAACGGGGUACGAAAAGUAUCUGACCGAACAAGACUUGUAUAGGCUUCCUAAAAGUUUUGGUAGCGCUGAGAUAUCUGAGUCUUUUGGCCGAUACUGGGAUUAUGAGGUGAAGCACAGAACUAAACCAUCAUUAGCGUGGGCACUCUGCAUAACUUUUGGUGGUAAAAUGGUUGUUGCCGCCCUUUUCAAAGCCAUCUUCGAUACACUUGCCUUUACACAGCCCCAGCUAUUAAGAAUCUUGAUCAAGUUUGUGGGAGAGUAUACCGAUAACAAAGCUUUCACUGACGUUCCCAUUGUAAAAGGGUUCAUGAUCGCCAUUGGUAUGUUUUUGGUAAGUGUGAUCCAAACCUCUUUUUUACACCAAUAUUUCCUACGUGCAUUCGAUACCGGAAUGAAUAUCAAGAGCGGGCUCACGUCUGUGAUCUACCAAAAGUCUCUUUCAUUGUCAAGUGAGGCCUCCGCCGCUUCAUCUACUGGUGAUAUCGUCAACCUCAUGAGUGUGGAUGUUCAGCGUUUGCAAGACUUGACGCAAUGGGGCCAAAUCAUAUGGUCAGGGCCUUUCCAACUGAUUCUUUGCUUAAUCUCUCUUUACAAAUUGCUGGGACCGUCUAUGUGGGUUGGUGUUGUCAUUAUGAUCGUAAUGAUUCCAAUGAACUCUGUGAUUAUAAGAUAUCAAAAAAAGCUUCAAAAAAUUCAGAUGAAGAACAAAGAUGAAAGGACUCGUAUCAUCAGUGAAAUUUUGAACAAUAUCAAGUCUCUGAAGCUUUAUGCCUGGGAAAACCCGUAUAAGGAGAAGUUAGAACAUGUCAGAAACGAGAAAGAGCUGAAAAACCUGACCAAAAUGGGAUGCACAGUGGCCUUGGCUAGUUUCCAGUUCAACAUUGUUCCGUUCUUGGUCUCCUGCUCCACAUUUGCCGUAUUUGUUUUAACUCAAAAAGACCGCCCGCUCACCACGGAUUUGGUUUUUCCGGCUCUAACUCUUUUCAAUCUAUUGAGCUUUCCUCUAGCUAUUAUCCCAACUGCUAUAACAUCUUUCAUUGAGGCAUCUGUUUCGGUCACUCGCUUGCACAACUUUUUGACGAGCGAGGAAUUACAAAGUGACUCAGUUCAGCGCAAGCCCAAAGUAACAUCUCGUGGUGAAGUAGCGGUAAGUGUUGGUGCAGACGCUACAUUUUUGUGGCAAAGAAAGCCAGAAUACAAGGUGGCGCUGAAGAACAUAAAUUUUCAAGCCAAGAAAGGUGAACUGACAUGUAUUGUUGGAAAAGUUGGUAGUGGUAAAAGUGCAUUGGUUCAAGCAAUUUUAGGUGAUUUAUUCAGAGUCAAAGGUUUCGCUACCGUUCACGGGAGCAUCGCCUACGUCUCUCAGGUGCCCUGGAUAAUGAACGGUACGGUCAAGGAGAACGUAGUUUUUGGUCACAGGUAUGAUGCUGCAUUUUACGAAAAAACCAUCAAAGCAUGCGCGUUGAGCAUAGACAUUGCAACGCUCCCUGAAGGUGAUAAAACAAUGGUUGGCGAAAAAGGGAUCUCCCUGUCUGGUGGCCAAAAGGCACGUCUUUCACUUGCCAGAGCAGUCUACGCCAGAGCAGACACGUAUUUAUUGGAUGACCCGCUUGCGGCCGUUGACGAGCAUGUUGCUAAGCACUUGAUCGAACAUGUAUUGGGUUCGAAUGGUCUUUUGAGCACCAAGACAAAGGUCUUGGCGACAAACAAAAUUUCAGUUUUGUCCAUCGCUGAUCAUAUCACACUAUUGGAAAAUGGGGAAAUCAUUCAGCAAGGAUCCCACCAAGAUGUCACCAGUGAUAAAUCAUCCGCCUUAUCCAAGAUCAUAAGCAGUUAUGGAAAAAAGAGCAGCAAAAGCUCGAAAGAGCAUUCUCCCGCUGGAUCAGCCUCUGACAAUAGCGCCACUGGUGAAGACGAAAUUGACCUACAGAAACUUGACGAAAAUAUGGUUGAUUUAGACAAACGCAGUCUGCGUAAAGCAAGUGACGCUACCCUGGGAAGCAUUGGAUUUGGAGAUGAGGAACGCCCAUCUUUGAAGGAACAUCGUGAACAGGGAAAAGUUAAGUGGGACAUUUAUCUUGAAUACGCCAAGGCAUGUAACCCACGUCACGUACUUGUGUUCAUGUCUUGUGCUGUUAUUUCUAUGUUUUUGUCUGUUGCAGGAAGCGUUUGGUUGAAGCAUUGGUCGGAAAUUAACACUAAGUAUGGUACUAACCCUCAUGUUGGCAUGUACCUUGGAAUUUAUUUCCUGCUUGGCUUUGGUUCGGCCCUAUCAACCCUUAUUCAAACAAUCAUCUUGUGGGUCUACUGUACUAUCCAUGGAUCACGGUACUUGCAUGAUGCUAUGGCGACUUCUGUUUUGAAGGCGCCCAUGUCAUUUUUCGAGACUACACCUAUCGGAAGAAUUUUAAACCGAUUCUCUAACGACAUCUACAAAGUUGAUGAGCUAUUGGGUAGAACAUUUUCACAGUUCUUCGUCAACACAAUCAAAGUUUCCUUCACCAUUUUGGUCAUCUGCUAUUCGACUUGGCAAUUUAUCUUUGUCAUCGCCCCCAUGAGCGUUCUCUACGUCUAUUAUCAACAAUACUAUCUGAGGACUUCCCGAGAGCUACGCCGCCUGGAUUCGGUCACAAGAUCGCCCAUUUAUGCACAUUUCCAGGAAUCUUUGGGAGGAAUCAGCACGAUUAGGGGUUAUGGUCAGCAAAAACGCUUUGUUCAUAUCAACCAGGCGAGAGUGGACAACAACAUGAGCGCGUAUUAUCCAUCAGUAAACGCAAACCGUUGGCUGGCAUUCCGUCUCGAAUUUAUUGGAUCAGUCAUCAUUUUGGGAGCCGCAGUUUUGGGUGUAUACCGCUUGAAGCAGGGGACUCUCAGCGCCGGUAUGAUUGGUCUAUCUUUAAGUUAUGCCUUGCAAAUAACUCAGUCCUUGAACUGGAUUGUACGCAUGACCGUGGAGGUCGAGACAAAUAUUGUAUCAGUGGAAAGAAUAAAGGAAUACUCCGUACUACCAUCCGAAGCUCCAGCUGUUAUCGAAGAUUGCAGACCACCUGAAAAUUGGCCAACCGAGGGCUCGAUAAAAUUUGAGAACUAUUCUACCCGUUACAGACCGGGACUGGAUCUUGUUUUGAAAGAUAUAAACGUUGACAUUAAGCCACAGGAAAAAAUCGGAAUUGUAGGACGUACUGGCGCUGGUAAAUCAUCUUUGACACUAGCACUUUUCCGUAUCAUAGAAGCCGCGAGUGGUCGUAUCUCAAUUGAUGGACAGGCGAUAGAUAAGAUAGGACUUCAGGACUUGAGAAGACAUCUUUCAAUCAUUCCACAAGAUUCACAGGUUUUUGAAGGGACCGUGAGAGAUAAUAUUGAUCCCACACGCCAGUUCACGGAUGAGCAAAUAUGGCAUGCUCUUGAGCUCUCGCACCUGAAAGAUCACAUCAAAGGCUUGGGUAAAGAUGAACUUGAGUCAAUGUUAACCGAGGGUGGCAGCAAUUUGUCUGUUGGACAAAGACAGUUGAUGUGUUUGGCAAGAGCUCUUCUUGUUCCAUCAAAGAUCUUGGUAUUGGAUGAAGCCACCGCAGCAGUUGAUGUCGAGACAGAUCAAGUUAUUCAGGAAACGAUCCGCACCGCAUUCAAAAAUAGAACAAUUUUGACCAUUGCUCAUAGAAUCAACACCAUCCUCGAUAGUGACAGAAUCAUGGUGUUGGACCAAGGCAGAGUUGCAGAAAUUGAUACACCUCAGAAUUUGCUUAAAAAUCCUGAGAGUUUGUUUUACGCUCUUUGCCACGAGGCCGGUUUAACAAAGGAUUAA